UUCCAAUGGAUGUUGCAAGAAACAUGCCGGUCUGUGGAUCAUUCUGGCUAUGCUGGUCAUAGCUUUGCCUCUUGGCAUAAUAUUUACCCUCAAGGAUAGAGAUGUUGAUAAUGAAGCUGGUGUUGGUGCUGUGGCUUCCAAUGGUGAAGGAUGUGCUGAAAUUGGAGGUAACAUGCUGAAGGAAGGAGGCUCCGCAAUUGAUGCUGCCAUUGCCACACUGUUGUGCGAAGGUGUUAUGCUGCCACAUAGUUUAGGUGUUGGUGGUGGUUUUGUUGCCACUAUUUAUACCAAAGAAACGGGACGUGUGGAAACAUUGAUUGCUCGUGAAACAGCACCCGCGUUGGCUAAUCAAGAUAUGUUUAUUGGCAAGGAAAUUACCGGUGCCAUAUCGGCUGCCAUUCCCAGCGAAAUUUAUGGCUAUUGGCGUUUACACGAGAAAUAUGGUAAAUUGCCAUGGAAGACUUUGUUUGAGCCGACCAUCGAAUUGUGUGUCAAGGGUCAUAAGGUGUCACGUUAUUUGGCCAAUGUUUUAAAUUUGAAUGCAAAUCGGAUACGCAAUGAACCAUCAAUGGCGGAGAUUUUCAUUAACAAAUACACCAAUGAAUUGUACAAAGAGGGUGAGACCAUGUACCGGCCACAAUUGGGUGAAACUUUACGUAUCGUGGCCAAUGAAGGUCCUGAGGUUAUGUAUCGUGGUGGACGUAUUGGCAAGAGAUUGGUGGAAGAUAUUCAGGAAAUGGGUGGCAUUAUUACCGAAGAAGAUUUAAUGAGAUAUGAUGUCCGUUGGGAAGAACCCAUUGUGGCCCAUUUCACUGGCGGCUAUUCUCUAUAUACCACUCCCUUGCCAACAAGUGGAGCCGUCUUGGCCUUUAUUUUGAAUGUUAUGGAACCGUUGUAUACCCGUCAUCAUGAUGUUUAUUGGCAGCGAGUUGUGGAGACCUUCAAACAUGCCUACGGCCAUCGUACCAAUUUGGGUGAUAUCCAUUUUGAACCUCAGGUCCAAGAGGUCUAUGAUCAGCUGAAGAGUCCCAAAUUUGCUGCUAAAAUUCGUGAACUAAUCAAAGAUGAUGUCACAUUUACCGAUUUCGCUUACUAUGGUGCCAAUUUCACCAAUGAGGAAGAUCAUGGUACUGCUAAUUUGGUUGUGUUGGCGCCCAACGGUGAUGCUAUCUCGGUGACCAGUACCAUUAAUAGUCACUUUGGUGCCAAGGUCCGUUCCCGUCAAACUGGCAUCAUAUUGAACGAUGAAAUGGAUGACUUCUCCACACCCGGUGUUAUCAAUGCCUAUGGUAUUCCAGCUUCACCUGCUAACUACAUUAAACCUGGCAAACGCCCAAUGUCUUCCACCUGUCCCAGUAUUGUAUUGGAUAAACAUGGUCAUGUUAAGCUGUUGGUUGGUGGUGCUGGUGGUUCCAAAAUUACCACAUCUGUGGCUCAGACCAUCCUCCGUUACUUUGUCUUCAAUGAACCCAUUGAUAUUGCCCUAAACUCUGGCCGUGUCCAUCAUCAAUUGGCUCCCAUGUUGGUCGAUGUAGAACCUGAGGUACCCGACCACACCAUGGAUUAUUUGAUUCAUGUUGGUCAUGAUUUGAAUUAUUUGCCAGCUGAUAAAGCCUAUUCGGCAUUAACGGCCAUUGGUCUCAAGACGCAUGUACCACAUCCGGUUUGUGAUCGUCGUCGUGUUGGCAGUGCCGUUGUUGUACAUCCCAAGAAAUAAAUG